GGUACGUUUCUUGCACGCAAAGAAGGGAAGCAGGAAGCUUUGACAGCGAGGAGUUUGAGAAGGCAGCCCGCAAAAUCGAGAGAGAUGGAUCCGAAGGUUACAGAGGUUUCGCAACUAUUCGAGCGAUUCAAAGCCGCUUUCGUUCGGAACGAUUUCGAUACCUGUUCGAGACUCCUUUCCCAGCUCAAGGUCUUGCUGACAAGUUUUAGGAGCCUUCCUCCAUUGUUCGAGGAAACGCCAAAUGCAAUUCACGAAUUGACAUUAGCAAGGGAUAUUUAUGAGCAUGCAGUUGUUUUAAGUGUGAAGAUCGAGGAUCAGGAUGCCUUUGAAAGAGAUUUUUUCCAGCUGAAACCUUACUAUACGGAUGCACGUGGCCGUCUUCCGCCAUCCCCUCAGGAGAAUCCUAUCCUAGGUCUCAACCUUCUGAGACUUCUUGUUCAGAAUAGAAUAGCCGAAUUUCACACUGAACUGGAAUUGCUUUCAGCUAGUGCUCUGGAGAACCCCUGUAUCAAGCAUGCAGUGGAGUUGGAGCAAUCUUUCAUGGAAGGGGCUUACAACCGUGUCUUAAGUGCAAGGCAGACUGUACCUCAUGAAACUUAUGUCUAUUUCAUGGAUCUGCUGGCAAAGACAGUCAGGGAUGAAAUAUCUGGAUGCAGUGAAAAGGCCUAUGAUUCACUUUCUAUUAAUCAUGCCCGACAAAUGUUACUGUUCUCCUCUGACAAAGAACUUUUUGAAUACAUCAAUGAGGAUCAUCCCGAGUGGGAGAUAAAGGAUGGUUACGUGAUUUUCCAAAGGGCAAAAGAGUCUGCACCUUGCAAGGAGAUACCAUCUCUGCAGCUCAUCAAUCAGACGCUCAGUUAUGCGAGGGAGUUGGAGCGGAUAGUGUGAGGAUGUUUUGUGAAGUGCACCAUAUGGCCUCAUUCUAUGGUCCUUUUACCCCCUCCCCAUUCUGGAUUUGUUAAAUCAGAAUUAAGGGUGAUGAAAAAAGGCGGCCUUUGCUGAUAUAUGACCUUCUUUGUAUUUGAUUUGUUUCACUCAGAAUGCGUUGAGACCCUUUUGUCUCACUUUCUUUUUGUUUUUGGUGGAGGAAUCGAGUGAAUGACUUACAUCUCUCUCUCUCUCUCUGUGUGGAUGGAUGGAUGUCAAUGUAGGUCAGGGGAGUGCGGCGCAGACCCGGCGAAUGGGGCUUCGCCGGUUGGUUGGUAGUCAGUUAGUAGGGAUGAUGUCAGCUUCAUGAAUGUGAUCACGAGUGUUUUUAACUCCUUGCUUUUAAAUCCAACCACCUUAUUAGA